CUUGACGAGCCUUGGCGGCAUGCGGAGAAAUCUCAUGUGAAUGCGGCGGCACUUUUUUCAGUUGCGCGUUCAGUACAAAUUGGUCGACCGCUCUUUUCAGAACAGCACUUCUCAACCAGCAAGAUGCCUUCUGAAAUCGGUGCCCCUCAACAGCACAAACAGCCAUCAAGAAAAGGCAAGAAAGCCUGGCGCAAAAAUGUCGACAUUACACAAGUUCAGGAAGGCCUCGAAAAUUUGCGGGAAGAAAUCAUACAAGGCGGGCCCGUGGCCGAAAAGGCAUCCGAAGAACUGUUUGCACUCGAUACAACAGGAUCAACAGAUAUUGCGAAAAAGUAUAAGUUACAAAAGCCUCUGAAGGUGGACGAAAUCCUUAGUAGACGGUCUGCGGUGCCGGGAUUGGGAAGUAGAAAGAGACCACAUGGAGCAAUCACAGAUGGAGUCCUCGAGAUCACGAACAAAAGACAAAAGCCAGAUUGGGUGAGCAAGAAGGAAGUCCAGAGACUCAGAAACAAUAUCAAUACAACGUCGUUCUUGGACAACGAGAAAAUAGAUGGUGAUGGAACAGGUUUUGAUAUAUGGGGUGUCGACUCUGUGCCCAAAACUCAAGAAGAGCAGGCAUCUGUUUUGGAAUAUGUGCCAAAAGCAAAAGCCAAGGUUGCGCCCCCUACUAUUCGGAAAGCGCCUAUCGCUAUGACAGCGGACGGUCAACCGGUACGCGCUGUGCAGCCACCGAAGGCGGGCGCAAGCUACAAUCCGACGUUCGAGGAUUGGGACGACCUGUUGAACGAAGAAGGAGAGCGUGAAGUCGAGGCAGAGAAAAUCCGUCUGCGUCAAGCUCAAAUAGAGGCAGAGAAGCAAGCGAGGAUCCAAGAGUUGGCGGCAUUGCCGGAACCAAACCCUGCGGAUGAAGAAAGUGCUUGGGAGGGGUUCGAGACAGACAAUGACGAUGCGCAAAUGCUGAAGCGGAAACGUCCCGAACGAAAGACAGCGACCCAAAGAAACAAGAUCAAGAGAAGGAAGGAGGCUGAGAGACAAGCGAAACAUGAAAAGCGGAUGGGCGAUAAGCAAAAGCAGGUCGAGCAGAUGAUAUCGGCUCUGAUCAAGCGUCAAGAGCACGAGACGGCUUUGGCUAUGAAGGGUGCAGAUGACGAGGAGACGCAAGAGGGUAAUGACCGAGUGUUACGACGCCGCAAGAUGGGCAAUUCUGUCAUACCAGAGAGACGACUCGAGGUUGUCCUCCCUGACGAGCUUCAAGAAUCGUUACGGAGACUGAAGCCAGAAGGAAACCUGCUUAACGAUCGGUUCAGGACUCUCCUGGUGAAUGGGAAACUGGAAGCUCGAAAGCCGGUGCUUCAGCCCAAGAAAGCGAAGAGGGAGUACACGGAGAAAUGGACCUAUAAAGACUUUAGCGUCAAGGUGUAGAUUGAAAUCCAAGAAGACUUUCAUCCAUGGUAAACGAAGAAA